GAGGAAGACCGUUGGUAUGUUUGUACCAUUCUUACAUGUGAAAAAGAUGGAUAUAGCGUUACGUUUGAUGGAUGGAGUCGAAAGUUUGAUACCGUUCUCGCUCCUGCAUUUGUUCGCCUGCGCUCUACGAUUGACAGUCGGAAGAGGAAGCCUUGGACUCCAAGCAUAAAUUUCAACAAGCUCCUACCAGAUGACGAGAUAUCAAUCGAUGUCGAGGGUUCCAGAAAGCAAGCUUUGGUACGAGUAGUGGAUCCCUUCCGUGAGCAGCUGACCAUUGAAUGUGAAAGCGUUUACCUGACUGUUGCUUUCAGUGAUGUACCUUCAGUGAUGUGGUCAAACGAAAAAGACCUGCUGCUUCACACGUCAUUACAAUAUCCAAACCAGCGCCAACACCACCACAAGUGCCGAUCCCUGUGA